GCCACCGCUGUCGCGGGCCCCCCGCAUCGCGGGCGCGAGCACGCUACGGUCCUCGUCGUAGUGAGCGCGGCCGCUCCGGCUGGCGUUGGGGGCGGGGCUGUAAGGGAAAGUGCCAAAGCCGCUGAGAUAAGACAACAGAGGAACAGAAAGUUAAGUGAUUUGUCCAGAGUCAUGCAGCAAGUCUGAAGUAAGAAUUCUGCUAGCAAGGAAAUGGCUGCCUCUUCAUCAUCCUCCUCAGCUGGUGGGGUCAGUGGAAGUUCUGUCACUGGAUCUGGUUUCAGUGUCUCAGACCUUGCCCCACCACGGAAAGCCCUUUUUACCUACCCCAAAGGAGCUGGAGAGAUGUUAGAAGCAAACAUUUGCAGACUGGCUGGCCAAGAUCAGGGUAUAGACUAUGGCUCUGAGAGAUUCCUCUGCGAAUCUGUGUUCAGCUAUCAAGUGGCAUCCACGCUUAAACAGGUGAAACAUGAUCAGCAAGUUGCUCGGAUGGAAAAACUAGCUGGUUUGGUAGAAGAGCUGGAGGCCGACGAGUGGCGGUUUAAGCCCAUCGAGCAGCUGCUGGGGUUCACACCCUCUUCAGGUUGAUGUCUGGAUGGUCACCUCUAGUGGCAAGUGCAGAGCCAGCGAGGGACCUUCUCACAGCUUACAUAGCCAUCCAGAGAUUUCACAGCUACAUCACUGAAUUGUUAAUUCACAUUUGUACUUGGUUUCUCUGUAUCUAUCCACAAGCAACCAAUACUUAAACAUGUUAUCUUGCAGGGAAAAGUUGUGUUCAUUUGUUUUAAAAAAUAUUGGGAAUCAGAUUAAGACAAUCAGUUUCAGGGAACCAGGAAGUUUAGGUUUAAGAGAUAUUUAUAAAAUUUUCACAGGCCAAGUAGGGCACAUGCCAGAAUUGGCCAACUGCCUGGCGUCUAUCCUGUCACCCAUACAGUGCCUGGAAAGCUUCACCAGUCAAGUCCAGGGUCAGGAUCUAUGGUUCUACAUUUCUGAUUUAAAACAGUUCUUUUUACAGAUGAAUGUGAUUUCAACUCAGGACCUGUCCAAAUGAAUUUUAAAAUGUUUGGGUUUUUUCUAUUUUUAAACAUCUAAUUCGAUAGAUUUUAACUUUUUCUAACCUCUUCUAAAUAUGCCAAAUGCUGGCAAAAAGAAUUGCUUUUUGAAUGUUGCAGCAUUUGUAAAAAUAGCAAAAUACUUUUAAACACAGAAGUCUUGAGUUCAUCUCAUUGGUGGACUCAAGCAAUUCUAUAGCAAAUAAAUCCUUUAAAAGAGCUCCAAAUUGGUGUCUUUAUCCUUUCAAAGCCUCAGGGAUUUGGGAUAGGGAGAAGAGGUCAAAUUAUUUUUUUACAAGGGAAUCUAAAAACCAUUUCUCCUAUGGUAGAUUUGCUUCACUUCAGGGAUAUUUGUCUUCAUAGAAGUAUAUAAAUUUAUUUUACUGAUAUUUCAUUAGGUUUUUAUCCCAUGAUAGGGAAAAACCUGGAAGGCUAAGAGGUAUCCUUUGGUCUCCCUCAUGGGACCCCUGGGUCCACACUGCACAGUUAAGAGAAUCAUUUAUUAUAGUGUCUGCAAAUUUUGCCUUAGACAACAUUUGGCUUUUUCCUCAUUAAUAACUUUUACCUGAUCUGCUUAGAGUUGUUUAAUUAUAAAUAAAUAUAAUCCCAGUAGCAAUUGGCCUUAAUCUCAGAAGUUCAAAAUGUUUAACACGUACUACCUGCCAGGGAGGUGGUGACCUCAUUCAGUCACUAAGGAGUCUGAGCCCAGUGAAGUGAAAGACCUGCUCAUAGUCACAUAGCCCAGGCAGAAGGAAACCUUGGAACUUGGAAUAGAUCACAGUUGCCUGAUAAUUCAGCUCACUAUUCUUAUCUCUAAAGCCAAGCAGAGCACAAGAAGUACCAGCCCACAAACUCACCUUUUUCAUAUUAAUAUUUCUCAACCAAAAUAAAUAAGUUCUAUGUUUGAAAGCA